AUGGUAACUUCUUUUUUAUUUCCUAAUGCUCUUAGAAGGCUAUUUGCAACGAUAUUGACUUUUUGUGAGCCAGGAGAUGUUCGUAAGUUAUGGGAUGACCAUUACAAUGCUAUUUCAGAAGAUUAUAGGCGACAAUACGGAAGUGUUGAGAGAGUCCAGAAUAUGGUCCUCACUGACAUCAUGAUAAAUGGAAAUGUCGAUUUAGAAUCUGGAGUUUUUUGUGAGGUACAAGAAGAGUGUUCUAUAAUGUUAGAAUCUGAACAUUUACAAGCAAUAGAUUUUCUUAAUCCUAAACGGAAAUUUGCAUAUGAUGAGAUCAUGCGGCAUGUCCAUAAUGAUAUUCCUGGAGUGUUCUUCAUAGACGGUCCUGGUGGAAUAGGAAAAACAUUUUUGUACAAAGCUCUACUUGCUAAUAUUCAUUCGUGUGGUCAUAUUGCACUUGCAACCGCUCCAUCGGGUGUUGCGGCUAAUAACAUGCCUGGGGGGAGAACAACUCACUCUCGCUUUAAAAUUCCUCACAAUCUUGAAAAUAAAUUAGUUUGCAUGAUUUCAAGACAAAGUGGUAUUGCUCAACUACUUCGGAUUGCAAAGGUAAUCGUAUGGGACGAAGCGUCGAUGGCUAAAAGACAUGCAUUGGAGGCGGUUGACCGUACAAUGAAAGAUAUCACUGGGGUGAUGCUCCCAUUUGGUGGAAAGAUAAUGGUUUUGGGAGGUGAUUUCAGACAAGUGUUGUUGGUCGUUAGACGUGGAACACGAGCACAAACCGUGGAUUCUAGCAUACGGAUGUCACCUCUUUGGUCUUCGAUUAUCAAGUUACGAUUAACUAUAAAUAUGAGAGUUCCGGAGGAUCACCGGAGUAGCAGUUAG